AUGGAUCAUUUAAAUCAAGCGAUUGUGUGCAAUGAUACACAAGAAAAAAGCCUAAUACACAAUGUAAAUAAGUUUAUUUCUGUUUCUGACCUUGAAAUUCAAAAAAACAUACAAACAUCUAUUGAUAUUUUAUUUCAAGCGCUGGAAAAAUAUAGUUUUGAUGGAAUAUCUGUAUCUUUUAAUGGAGGAAAAGAUGCUCUUGUUACAUUGAUCUUAUAUCUUUACGCAGUUUAUAGAUAUUCUGCUCAAAAAAAAAUAGUUUUGAAAAAAAUACCAGCAAUUUAUAUUCGUGACCCAUAUUCUUUCCCUGAAAUAGAGUAUUUUGUAAAGAAAUGUUCUGAUGAUUAUAUUCUGGAUCUUGUUUGUAAGCCACCACCUAUGAAAGAUGCGUUAAAAGAUUAUUUAAAAGAUCAUUUGAAAAUUAAAGCUAUUCUGGUUGGUGCAAGACGCAAUGAUCCCGGAUGUGAUAUGUUGGAUUAUUUUAAUCCUGCAGACCCAGGAUGGCCUUCCUGUAUAAGAAUUCAUCCAAUUAUUAACUGGCGUUAUUCUGUAAUAUGGAAGUUUUUAAGAGACCUUAAUAUAAAAUACUGUGUAUUAUAUGAUAGAGGAUAUACGUCUAUUGGUAAUAUUCAUGAUACUUUUCGUAAUCCUGAACUUUAUAUAAACCAAAACAAAUUUAGACCAGCAUAUGAAUUGAAGGAUGAUAAAAAAGAACGUUUGGGUCGAAAAAAGAUGUAA